CACCUGCACACGGGGAUAAUGGCGAAACGGAGCGUCCAUGCACCUGCGUCAUCGAUACCCUACUGAAGCCGCCGGCGCGGGACCCAUCGCUACGUUGACAUUGUUGUCGUCGGCUACAAGUUCUCACGCACCCUUUUGGCUGGUCCGUAACUCUCCGUGUCUUACUCGCCACUGCAGGUGAUCGAGCAUGGCGCUCGCCGGCUCCCUCGUCGUCCUCCUUGCCGCCACAUUGCCGCUGCUCUUCUUCUCCCCUGCAGAGGCCGGCGAGGUGGGGGUGAACUACGGGAGGGUGGCGAACGACCUGCCGGACCCGGCGUCGGUGGUGAACCUGCUCAAGCAGAACGGCAUCACCAUGGUCAGGAUCUACGACGCCAACCCCAGGGUGCUCCGGUCGUUCGCCAACUCCGGCAUCAAGAUGAUGGUGAUGCUGCCCAACGAGCAGCUGGCCGACGCCGCGCGGGACCGGCGGUACGCGCUCGACUGGGUGCGGAGCAACGUGUCGGCGUACUACCCGGCCACCCAGAUCCACGCCGUUCAGGUGGGCAACGAGGUGUUCGCCUCGAGGCCGGACCUGACCUGGAGCCUCGUCCCGGCCAUGGACAACGUGCAGAGGGCGCUGGCGGACCUCGGCCUGGCCGACGCCGUCAAGGUGUCCACACCGGUGGGGUUCUCCGCGGUCGACGUGUCGUGGCCGCCGUCCAACGGCAGGUUCCGGGACGACGUCGCGGAGCCGGUGAUGAGGCCCAUGCUAGACCUCCUGCAGCGGACGGGCUCCUACCUCACCAUCAAUCUCUACCCCUACUUCGCCUACGCCGCCCAACGGAGCAACGCGAUCUCCCGCGACUACUUCUUGGGGAACCCCAACCCCGGCGAACGCGACCCCAAGACCGGCCUCGUGUACUACAGCCUCCUGGAUGCCCAGCUCGACGCCACGUACUUUGCCAUGGACAAGCUGGGGUUUACCAGUUUAAUCGCAGUCACUGGGGAGACCGGAACGCCGUCGUCCGGUGGACACCCCAAACCCCCGCUCGGGCGCUUGACGGCCAGGAACGGCGACCCGCCGGCGGCAUCGAAAGAAAACGCGCAGGCGUACAACAACAACGUCAUCAACCGCGUGCUGUCCGGCAGGACGGGCACCCCGCACCGCCCUGACGCCGACAUGGACGUCUACAUCUUCGCCCUCUUCAACGAGAACCAGAAGGGCUCCGGACCAGACGACAUCGAGGCCAACUUCGGCCUGUUCUACCCGAACAUGCAGAAGGUGUACGAGUUCGACUUCCACGCCGCCGCGCCGCCGCCGCCGCCGGCGACGUCGAGCUGGUGCGUGGCGAACGCGUCGGUCGGGGACUCGCGGCUGCAGGCGGCGCUGGACUACGCGUGCGGCCACGGCGCGGACUGCAGCGCCAUCCAGCCCGGCGCGCCGUGCUUCGAGCCCGACACCAGGCUCGCGCACGCCUCCUACGCGUUAAACAGCUACUAUCAGCGCAACGGCCGGGCCAGCGGGACGUGCGACUUCAACGGCGCCGCCUACGUCGUUUAUGGCGACGAACCGGCUGGCACCUGUGACCCGAACACGAGCUGGUGCGUGGCGAACGAGGCCGCCGGCGACGCGCGGCUGCUGGAGGCGCUGAACUAUGCCUGCGCCAACGGCGCCGACUGCAGCGCCAUCCAGCCGGGCGCGGCGUGCUUCGAGCCCAACACCAUGGUCGCGCACGCCUCGUACGCCUUCAACAGCUACUACCAGCGCAACCACCGGGCCAGCGGGACGUGCGACUUCGCCGGCGCCGCUUCCGUCGUCUACCAUGCGCCAACAGAGUACGGAAACUGCGUGCUGCCAUCAAAGGCUGCUUUUUUUGAAGAAGCAACAGCAAAGUCGGAACUCCAUGCAGCCAUCUGAUCCGUGCUUUCAAGAAAAGCAGUCCAGUGUUACCGUCUAGUACGGAACAAGAUAAUAAUAGCCCGGCAACUGCAAAUCUUUGAUUGGAUCUGCUGGCUAGAUCAUCAGAGUUACUGGGCAAAAAUGCUUUAAUUCCCACUUUUUGUUUCUUUUCGGAGAUUUUAUUUCUACUUCUUUAGAAAACUAGCCACACGCCGCGUACUAUUUCUUUUUUCAAAGAACCACGCCGCGUACUAUUUCUACAAGUGACAUGUAAAAAAGCGGAUGGAGUAACAGUACGUUUUCACUUAAAAAAGCUGCAUGUUUUAGGGGCGGCGCGCCAUUCUCGGUUCCAGUUUCUCA